CCCUUCGCACUCCUGGAACCCCCGCAAUCUCGAAAACACCAGGCCACUAGGCCUGGAUUGCUCUCGUUACCAUGUGGAAGCCGUCAGAGAGGCUGAUGGACACCAUCAGACACUAUGCCAGCUUCCCCGCCACAGGCGUCUCUUUAAGACAGAUGGUCCAGUUUGGAGACAGACCAUCAACAGGCACUCUCUUCCGUGCGUCUCAAUUUCUCUCGGAGGAACUUCCUAUCCGCUUAGCCCAUCGUGUGCAGGAUCUUGGGGAUCUCCCUGAUGGGCUCAGUCAAAUGCCUUCCAUCAAAAAAGUGCAGGAUUGGUACGCGCAGUCGUUCGAGGAAAUUAUCGAGCUACCUCGGCCAAAACUCAGUCAAGAGGUCAAGGAACGCCUAUUGCGACCGGCUAAGAUCAACGGCGGCCAUACUAAAGUCCUCCCUGGAGCAACGCAAAACCCCAGUAUCCGGCAAGGACAAUACCGAUCAUCCCCACUCCAUAACGACGGAAAGCACAAUGGAAAUGGCAAGGCUGUCGCCGUGAGAAGAUACUUCGUUCCGUCUGACGAACAUGGGGGCUGGCCUCCGGAACUGAACGACUACAAUCAACGCUUUUCCAAGACGCUCCAACAUAUCAAGCGACGGCACGAUGGCGUUGUAACGAGCGUGGCUCAGGGUAUUCUGGAGUGGAAGCGGAAGCGCCAGCGUCUCCAGAUCGACUCGACGAUCCAGUCCUUCCUCGAUCGCUUCUACAUGUCUCGGAUUGGUAUACGCAUGAUGAUUGGCCAACAUAUUGCUUUGACUGAACAAUCGCACAUCCGCCACCCAAAUUAUGUCGGUAUAAUCUGCACCAAGACAAAUGUCCGGGACGUAGCCCUUGAGGCCAUUGACAAUGCCCGCUUCGUCUGCGAAGACCACUAUGGCCUUUUUGAGGCCCCCAAGGUGCAGCUGAUAUGCAACGAUGAUUUGAACUUCAUGUACGUUCCGGGGCAUCUCGCACACAUGCUCUUCGAGACCUUGAAGAAUUCCCUCCGUGCGGUGGUGGAACGGUACGGAGUCGAAUCGGAGCACUUCCCGGUCACAAAGGUCAUCGUGGCCGAAGGCAAAGAGGACAUCACGAUCAAAAUCUCGGACGAGGGCGGUGGCAUUCCACGUUCUGCAAUUCCUCUUGUGUGGACGUAUAUGUACACCACGAUGGAGCAGACACCAAGCUUGGACCCAUCCUUUGACAAGAGUGACUUCAAGGCCCCCAUGGCAGGAUUUGGAUAUGGGCUGCCGAUCAGUAGACUCUACGCUCGGUAUUUCGGUGGCGAUCUGAAAUUGAUCAGCAUGGAAGGAUACGGCACCGAUGUCUACCUCCACCUCAACCGACUCUCAUCGAGUUCGGAACCCCUGCAAUGACAAUCACCAGUCAUGAGGAACGGCCGUGUUCGGUUCUCUACUUCCCACCGGCUCCACCCAUUCUACUUUGAACCGGACCCCAAGCCAAUCCAAGGAUUGACGCCUAUGAAUGUCCAAGCGCUCCGCACACGAAUGCUCAACAGGGAAGUUUCUGAACGUAAGCAAGUUGGAGAUGUGGCGAGCCUGAUGAACGCAGAGCGAUAGAUGGAACGGGCAGCUGCCUAGUCCGACAUUUGUCUAAAAUAACUCAACUCGAUAUAACGCUCCUUAGCUGGGAAAAGCAGAGUGCUUUUCAAAACACCUUUAUGAUGAUACCCUUUUCUUUCCCUUUUCCUUUCUUGUUUCAUUAUGGCAUGCUGUCUGCAAAGGAAACGAGCGUUUGUUUGAAUAAUGAAAAAAGCCUUAUUCCUCUGGGGCAAUUUCGAAAAAAGGGAAGGGAUAACUGGUGAAUUGGAUGUAGUGAUCUUUUCUUCUCUUCUUAUCUUCUCUGUACAAAUAUUUUGAUGAUCGGAUGGAUGGGUUGAUGGGUUAUUUGCAGGGAUGGUCAUGAAUGGCGAUGUUAUAUUGUUAGCAAAUGCAGAACCCUGUACAGCAGUCUGCGCAAUCUGUUAUGGUUAUGAACUGUCUCUUCUCGCAGAGUAAAUAAAGCACGGGUUAAGCUCAUGUCGAUCAGUGCGAACCAUGUCGAUUGCCCGAGAUCCAACAGAAGAUCAAACGUGAUCUACUUCAUACCAACAGAGAACUCAUCGUUCUCUAUCCAAGACUCCAAGUUGGUUCGAACCACUGGAACGAGAAACGGGCGGUCGGCUGUGGCGAGGACAGGGGGCGAUACUUGGUGACGAAUCCAUGGUUGAUCUGCGAACAGUGACGGUGCGGCUGCAGUGUCGUGUCCUCUCUGCAGCCUGCAUGCGUCCAUGGUAGAGACUCAAUAGAGUACGU